AUGAGGUUCCCAUGGAAUAGUUUCAGAUUGUAUAGGCCUUCUUCGUCUUCGCUGUCUCUCUCUCUAAAUUCAAUCAAGUUAGGGUUUCUCUACAGAAGAACAAAGACAAUGACAGCAGCCAAAAUCAUUGGAGCUGUGGUAGGAACUACAGUACUUGCAUUCGGGUUGGAUCAUGUUAUAUCUGAUAGGAAGUUGUUUGGAGGGACCACUCCGUCAACUGUUUUAAACCAGGCAUGGUGGCAAGAAACUGAUAAGAAGUUCCAGUCGUGGCCUCGUGUAGCAGGACCCCCAGUUGUUAUGAACCCCAUCAGUCGCCAGAAUUUUAUUGUCAAGUCUCGUGAUGAAUAAAGUGCUGUAGUAUCAUCUGUGGUGCAUGAUUAGUAUUCAAUCUGCCCCUGAAAGUGGAUACUCUAAUGGAAGUAGCUCAUCUACUUGAAGUCUGAUUAUAACGACUACUUUUUUUAUCACAUUGUGUAGUUGUUUUUGCGGAUAUAGGUAUUGGUCAAUAAUGAUAAAAACCUGAUUGGGAGCACAAUAUGCACCUUAUGAUUGUGCUAUGGUGUGAUUCUUCUUUUUUUUUCCAUAAUCACUAUUCUUUUUUCUGCCUUCUAGUUUCUGGUGAAACCCUAAGAUCUACAUUGUGAAGAGAUGAUAAAAUGAUCUAUUGUAUUGAUCAAA